AUGGCAGCUUCGAAGAAAGUCUGCGUGGUGGGCUCUGGAAACUGGGGUUCUGCGAUCGCCAAAAUCGUGGGUGCCAACGCUGCACAGAAUCCUACGUUUGACAGCACAGUGAAAAUGUGGGUGUUUGAGGAGAUAGUGGACGGACGCAAACUGACUGAACUUAUCAACACUGAGCAUGUGAAUGUCAAGUACCUGCCCGGACAUAAGCUCCCAGAGAAUGUGCUUGCCGUUCCGGACCUUGUGGAGGCCUCCAAAGACGCAGACAUUUUGAUUUUCGUCAUUCCUCAUCAGUUCAUUGGAAGAGCCUGUGACACGAUGAAAGGCAAGAUCAAGACAGACGCCCUGGGCAUUUCUCUAAUCAAGGGUGUAGAUGAAGGGCCCGACGGACUCAAACUGAUCUCUGACGUGAUCCAGGAGAAGCUGGGCAUCACCAUGAGUGUCCUCAUGGGGGCCAACAUCGCUAAUGAAGUGGCAGACGAGAAGUUCUGCGAGACCACGAUCGGAUGUAAGAACAAAAACCACGGAGCUCUGCUGAAGGAGCUCAUGCAGACAAACAACUUCCGGGUCACAGUUGUGGAGGAAUACGACGUGGUGGAAAUCUGCGGAGCUUUAAAGAACAUUGUGGCGGUCGGAGCUGGGUUCUGUGACGGCCUGGGCUUUGGUGAUAACACAAAGGCUGCUGUGAUCCGGUUGGGGCUGAUGGAGAUGAUCGCCUUUGCCCGCAUCUUCUGCACCGCGGGGCCCGUCUCCUCCGCCACCUUCCUGGAGAGCUGCGGAGUGGCCGACCUCAUCACCACCUGCUACGGAGGACGCAACCGCAAAGUGGCCGAGGCUUUUGCCAGGACCGGGAAGUCGAUUGAAGAACUGGAGAAAGAAAUGCUGAACGGACAGAAGCUGCAGGGACCAGCCACAGCCGCAGAAGUGAACCUCAUCUUGAAGCACAAAAACCUCAUUGACAAGUUUCCUCUGUUCAACGCGGUGUACGAGAUCUGCUUUCAGGGACACCCGGUCACAGAGUUUAUAAGCUGUUUGCAGAAUCACCCAGAGCACAUGUGA